CAGGGCACGCAUAUUCCCGGAAAGCCCCAGCCCGAGUUUCGUUUCUCGCUUCCCGAGGCAGCGGCAGCCGGGGCGAUGGCGGCGUUGGCUCGGUCGCCGAUGGAGCCGGGCCUGGCGGGGCUGGAGGACGAGCUGACCUGCUCCAUCUGCCUCUGCCUCUUCAGCAGCCCCGUGACGGUGCCCUGCGGGCACAACUUCUGCGCCUCCUGCCUGGAGCUCUCCUGGGCCGGGCAGUCGGAGAACUUCAGCUGCCCGCAGUGCCGGGCCACCUUCGCGGGCCGCCCGCAGCUGCAGAAGAACACGGUGCUGUGCCGGGUGGUGGAGCAGCUCCAGGGCUGCACCGGGGCCGGGGGGGCCGAGGCCGAGGAGGAGGCGGCGGCGGCGGCGGGCUGCGGGGCGGAGGCGCCCCCCAUCUACUGCGACAGCUGCCUGCAGGCGCCGGCCGUGCAGACGUGCCUGACCUGCACCGCCUCCUUCUGCCCCGAGCACCUGCGGCCGCACCAGGACAGCCCCGCUUUCCGCGACCACCAGCUCUGCCCGCCCCUGCGCGACCUGCAGCAGCGCAAGUGCCCGCAGCACAACAAGCUCUUCGAGUUCUUCUGCAGCCAGCACGGCAGCUGUAUCUGCUCCCUCUGCCUCCUCGGGCACAAGCUGUGCCACACCAGCCCCCUGCAGCUGGCCAAAAGCAACGCCGAGUCGGUGCUGAAGAAGAAACUGACGGAGCUGCAUAAUGGGAGCGAGAGAGUUGCUCGACUGAUGAGCACUGUGAGAACAAACCAAAGCCAAGUUGCUGAGACAGCUUCCAGAAAGAAAGAGUUGAUCCGAAGUGAAUUUUCAGAAAUUAAAGCUUUAAUUGAAGAAAGAGAAAAUCAGACCUUAAAAGUAGUUGCAGAUGAAGAAAAAAGAGUUUGCAAUAAGUUUGAUUAUAUUUACGAUGUUCUGGGAAAUAAGAAGAAUGAAAUUCAGUCUCUCAGAGAUCAGAUUGAGAAGGCACUGACUGAAGGUGAUGACAUUCUGUUUUUGAAGAGAGCAGCAGCACUGCAACAAAUGUCACCAAAAGAUGCUUUCGUCCCUGUAAUUGAAAUGGACCAAAACAUGAUACAUUCCACUUAUCAGUCUGCCAUUAACCUUAAAGACAUUGUGAAACUUUCAGUGACUCAGUUUAGGGAGAAAAAAGCAGAAGCAAAACUAACACCUGGGAAAACUAAGGCCCCUCCAGCAGCUCUUCCAAACAGAAACGCUCUUGGGAAAAAGCCUCCUGGACCACAGCAUACCCACAAAGAGAAGAACCUUUACCAGACUCAAGCUACUGUGCUGGUGGAGGCAGAGACCAAGGAGAAAAAGAAACCUGUUAAAGUUGCACCAACCGCGGGAACAGUAAAUGCUCCUGCUGCUGUCUCAGUCAAAGAGCUCAUCGACAGCUUUCUGAAGAAACCCAGAGAGGAGCUUUUGCAGUAUGCUGCUAACAUCACACUGGAUUACAACACAGCUCAUAACAAAGUGAUUCUGUCUGAGAGGUAUACCAAGAUGUCUGUCUCGGACACCCCCCUGAAUUAUAACUACCACCCUCAGCGCUUCACCGAUUGUUCACAAGUGUUGGGGUUCCAGUGCUUCAAGAGAGGCGUCCACUACUGGGAAGUGGAACUGCAACAGAACAACUUCUGUGCCAUUGGCAUCUGCUAUGGCAGCAUGGACCGGCAGGGGCCAGAGAGCCGCCUGGGGAGGAACAGCAGUUCUUGGUGUAUUGAGUGGUUUAAUUCCAAAAUAUCAUCCUGGCACAAUGAUGUCGAAAAGUGCUUACCCAAUGUGCGUGCUACCAAGAUUGGUGUGCUGCUCCACUGCGAUGGAGGGUUUGUGAUUUUCACGGCUGUUGGGGAGAAGCAUAACUUGAUCUAUAAAUUCAAAACCCAGUUUACUGAAGCCUUGUACCCUGCCUUCUGGUUAUUUUCCAGUGGCACUGUUCUUUCUCUUUGCCAAAUGAAACAGUAAGGUCUUGUAUCCUGUAUCCUAAUCUAGUUCACUUAAGUACUUACAUGCAUAUAAUCAGUCCUGCAGCAACUCUUUGUAUGUCUUAGUCUAAGAAGUCUCAAAGAUUGUUUGAGACAAAAAUUAUUAGCUCUUUUAAGCUGUUUGGGAAAACUGCUGAGUCUUUGUUCUGAAUUCCUAUAGCCUUUAGAUAGUGAUUUAGUAAAAUGUUGAUGAUAGUAAAAACCAUGAUGAAAGAUUUGCAAGGACCUUGAUUGUCCUUCUAAAAGCAAUGUUGUGGCUUCAGUAGCUGCUGUGGUUUGCUGUAAAGGAUCCCCAGAAUGAAUUUUUAGGUCAAAAUAUGUUUCACAGGUAGCAAUAGAGCCCUUUAAGAAAGGAACAGGAAGAAUUCCCUGACUAAUUCAGGUCCCGGGCUUUGAGUUGAGUCUCAGUGUUGUCUUUUUGCUAUAUGCAGACUGUUGUCCAUGGUCAGGAUUUGCCAUACACAUGUUCUCAGUGUAUGACUCCAUGAGAUGGUACAGAAUAAACUGUGUCAAAAGACCUGAACUUACUGAUAUUAAGUUAGGGAAGCCAGUGUGACAAAUCCCAUCAGAACGGAAAUGCAGAGACUUUAAGAAUUGAUGGAUAAGAAAUGGUGUCAGAAUCACCAGGAAAUAAAUGACACCAACUCAGAGACUGGGAUUAUGCCAGAGGUUCUUCAGGAAGACAUCCUGCAGAGCAAUAGUGUGUUCCAUGUAAUAACAUAGUUUGUGGGAUGAAGCAUUCUGUGUCAUGUUCUGACCCAGAACAUGCUUCACAUCUCCACACUGAAGGCUCUUCAGUGCAUUUUUUUGUGUGGGGAAUUGCAUUUUUGGCUUGCAUAGGGAGCAUAAACAUGCUGCUCACGUAAAGGAAGGCCUGCUGUCCUAAAGCCUUUCCUCUUUGUGAGGCGGGAUGUUCUCUGCUAAUGUAUCCGUAGUUGUUCAGGUGGUAGAAACUGGAUUUUCUACAUGUUGUUGGGACUGAUUUAAGGCAUCUCAAGACAGUGUGCACAGUACGUAGAAAAUGCUGCUGCUUCUCCGCACGAAGCUUGCAGGCAGACAGGUGAGCCUUUUGAAACAUACAGUGGAUUAGCACGAAGGAGAACAUACUUCCAUUCCCCCUGGGUGGAUUUUUAAUUCUCCUGGUGUUCUUCGCUUUGGGUUGCGGUAUGUCUUCAAAAGUCCUCGCCACAUACAGAGGAAUCUGUACUUCUGCACUGCUUACUUACAACUUUAAAACAAUCUGUAGGCAAUCAAGGUAUUUGGAUCUCAUAGUUAUUGGGCCUGUAUCUUGAUGCCUCUGGACUUACCAUGCUAGCUCUUAUUUGGUGCAGUAGCCCAUGAAGAACAGGGAAGCUCACACAAGAGAAUUCCUGGACUUUGAUUUGUAAAACUCCCCCUUAUGGGACUUUGAAAUAAAACACAAAGCUACUGCUGGAGUUUAGAAGGGAAUUGUCAGAAGGCUCAAAGGAAAGUCUGUGACUACAUAUCACAUUAGCCAAAGUACUUUAGAGAGACACUUGCAGGAAUUCAGGCUUGGCGCCUCUAUCUUUACAUGGUUUGUAAACAGUUAGGACUUUGUCAAGGAUAGCGUAAGUCUGAUAAGACUCCGCCAUUUUUCUGGCCAGACUAGGAUAUGGAAUCGAUGGUGGACCUAAAAGUGCUGUGGGUGUCUUUGGAGUAGUUGUAUUACCUGAAGGGUCUCAGCACUAAAUCUCAGUCAGCACUAAAACUGCCACAUGAAGGAAAACGCCUCAAAAGGUGUGGAAGGAGGAUCUGUCCUGCUAGGAGCCAACAGCGAAUGCAAAACUUUUCCCUUUUGCACUUCCAGUGUUUCAGCAGUGAUGGACAAGAGCAGUUUCCUCUGAGAAACCCCGUCCCCUUUGCUGCUUGGCUGUAAUGCAGGGCUGCAGAUCCACUCAGCAGGGUGCUGAAGGAGUACUCAGUCUCCUUGUUCAUGGCAGGGGAGGUGGAAAAGUGCUCCGGUGGCUUGUGCAGUGGAGGAAGUCCACAUUUUCUAUUUCUUGCUUCUUGACUUUAAAGGGGUGUCAAUGUUAACCUCUAAGUCUAUGGGCUGCUUCAGCCGUAGUCUGGAGUGAUACUCAAGGAAAGUAAAGAAGAGCUUUUAUUCUGCUGUGUUGGACAAGAUGGGAUUAUUUAAAUGUGACAUUAGUGUAUGAGCAACAGCACGUAACAAAUAAGGUGUUCAGGUUACCACAGGCAGUGAAACAAGCCUGCUGCUGUAUUCCCGAGUCUUUGUUGUUUUGUGCUGCAAAUGACUAGAAAUGAGAGAAGGUGUUUCUCUUAAUUUGGAAUGAAAUGAGAAAUGCAUAACUGAAUUGCUGUGCUUCUGAAAACUGUUAUUUUGGUUAGCUUCAGAUAUCUUGGGUAUAGCAAAGCAUUGGGGUAAUAUCACACUAGAAAAACAUUAGUUACAGCAUAAGUAACUAUUCAAAAGCCUCUUCAACACAACUCAAGUGUCCUUAGCCUACCAGUAACUAUCAAAGCUGUACUGAUUUUAAACAAAACGUAGAUACAAGCAUGCGCUUUAAUUACACUAGUCUUUUUAAUACCAAGAAAAACCCAAUUUAUCCAGUCUAGAAAAAGAAUUCUGGUGUUAAUAAAGCCAUGAGGAUGUAGAAUGAUUUGCAUAUUAAUGUACAAGUGAGUAAAUGGAAAAACACCCACUGAAAAUACAGUAAUCUGUUUAAUCUUUUCUGCAGUGAAAUAUAUCAGUAAAAUACUGCAGUUAGAAAUAGAAAUGCUUAUGUAAUUAUAAACCUGUUGAUUGUACUGAUAUCAGCCAUGUACAUGUAUACUACAUAUUAUUUCAUAGAUGUGUCAGCUGGACAUCCUUGUCAGGGCAUUAGACAGAUUUUGUGGCAUCUGUUCUAUGACUGUGUCUGUAACUGUAUUAGUUGACGGUUGUUAAUCUUUUUAGCUGUAAAGUGAAACAAAUUGUGGUAUUCUGAAUUCAAUAAAUAUUCAUGGUAAGCCCUAA